UGCUCUUGCUCAUACAGACACACACUUCUGAUCACAGUGCUGUCAGUUAGUGCCGCGCCGCGGUCACGAAACACACAAUUUAAACAAAAUAAUUUAUAUAAAUAUACAGUUUAUCCAAAUAUUGUUUAUCAAAAAUUAAUUAUCCAUGUACAUAAAAUUAUUAUAAUCACAUUACGAAUUAUAGUUAACCAAUGUCAUGGGCAUUACACGAACUGUAUCUCACAUUUUCUCAAGGUCGUUUAUAAUCAUAACAAUGUGAAUUUUUUCAGUGCACUGUGAUUCUUUGUGAUUUGAAUUCCAUAUCGUGAAUUAUACAUUAUAUUAUUAUAUUUAUUUAUUUUUUAGUUUUUAAAUUUAAACUUACCGCCAUGAAUGGAUUACUGAAGAUUUUUUUGUUUUUUGUGAUACAAGUGAAUGUAUAACUUUGUUUUUUUACUGGCCCCUUUUUUUGGAUAUUACCCAGUCACAAAAAGACGUACAAGAAUCCUCGAGUGACUAUGAGAUUCGAGUAGCCCUUGUGAAAGUAAUCGGCAUUUAAAACAUCUGUCGUAAUGAAUAACCUGCGGCUUUUUUAUCUUUUUUACCUUUUCAUUCUCUAUCUUAACGAUGGAGACGCUAUAGACAUAUCACAAUGCAUUGCCCCUUUGGGAAUGGAAGCAGGAAUCAUUCCAGACGCCGACAUCACAGCAAGCUCGAGCUUUGACAGCGGCAACGUCGGACCACAAUUUGCACGAUUAAAACAAGAACGACAUGGUGGUGCAUGGUGUCCAAAACAUCAGGUUACGACGGAACCACAUGAAUGGUUGGAAAUUGAUUUGCAUACUAUGCACGUUAUUACAGCUACUGCGACUCAGGGACGAUUUGGAAAUGGACAAGGAGUUGAAUUUGCAGAGGCUUAUAUUCUUGAGUAUUGGCGACCAAAACUCGGCAAAUGGGUCCGAUAUAAAGGUGUAAAUGGUGAAGAAGUAAUACCUGGCAAUACAAAUACAUAUCUUGAAUCUAAACACGAGCUCGAACCAGCAAUUUGGGCGACGAAAAUUCGAUUUCUACCGUACAGUUAUCACUAUCGCACCGUGUGUAUGCGCGUUGAAUUGUACGGAUGCCCAUGGAAUGAUGGCAUUGUGUCAUACUCGAUGCCACAAGGUGAUAAACGUGGCAACUGGGAAUUUUUCGACGCCACAUAUGAUGGAUUCUGGGACGACGAAUUGCAACGCGGCUUAGGCCAACUCACGGACGGCCGUACUGGCCCAGAUGAUUUCAAAAUGGGAUACUACGGCGACGACCGUAGUCAAGGAUGGGUCGGCUGGAGAAACGACACCCGAGCUGGACAUCCACUCGACAUUAAAUUUGAAUUCGAUCGUGUUAGAGAAUUUUCUGCUGUUCAUAUCUUUUGCAAUAAUCAAUUUACUAAAGAUGUACAGGUUUUUUCCGAAGUUAAUAUUUCAUUUAGUAUUGGGGGAAAAUGGUACAUAAGUGAUCCAAUAAUUUACGCAUACAUAGAAGAUAAAAUAUUUGAAACACCACGAAAUGUAUCAAUAAAACUUCAUCAUCGUAUUGGUAGAUUUAUAAAGUUACGAUUUACUUUAGCGGCUAAGUGGCUUAUGAUAAGUGAGAUCACUUUUGAUUCUGACAUAGCCCAUGGGAAUUUUACGCCGGAAUCUCCCCCCUCGACAGAGUCACCACGAACAAAGAACCAAAGUACCUCGAAAGAUAUUCCACUGCAAGCGGAAAUUCCUAUCUCUACGGCAAAACAAGACGACCCGACGUACAUGGCUGUAAUAAUCGGCGUACUAACAGCUGUCAUACUUUUACUAGCCGUUGCAAUAUUUUUCAUUGUUUCUCAUCAUCGUCAGCGGAAAAAUUUUGCCAGCUCGCUUGACGCUAAAGAAUCGAUACCUUCUGGUAAUCACCAACAUUUGUCACCGGAAUCAACUUACGGUACGGCUGGUGAAAAGGAUUCGUCAUUAAUGACUUAUAGAGUCGAAGAUUUUGAUGAUCGUUACGCUGGCGCGAAGCUGACGACGUUACCACGCGAUUUGAACGAUCGUUUGCUGGGUGAUGUUAGACUUGAUGAAUACCAAGAACCUUUUCAUGAAAAUAAAUAUAGAGAACCGUCGCAAGCUACUUAUUAUGGUUACAGUACCGUUGUUAUUGACAAUAAGGAUUUGCAUGACAAUAUUGAAUGCUCAGAUCCCACAUAUGAUUAUGCGGUUCCAAUACCAGUACCUAGUACCAGUAGCGAACACGAAAGUGUCUUUUCAAAAACAUCGUCGAGAGGUAGCGCUAAGGCAUGUUUGCAGAGUUUUUUUCCGCCGCCACCGCCACCGAUAAGCAUCCCACCAACUCGGGGAUCUAACAACGUAGUCUAUUCAAGUUCUCCAAGCCCUCAACUAAUCUCUGAGCGUGAACGAAGAGGAAGCAAACGUCGGGAGCACACGCACAAUAGAUACGCAAACGGAACUACGAUGAAAAUCUCACGCUUCUGUGACGUUGUCUCAUUAAUUAUUCAGCGAUUUUUCAUGUGUCUUUUUUGUAUUGCCACGACAGCACGCAGUAUAGAUCUUUCGCAAUGUAUAAAUCCAUUAGGAAUGGAAUCAGGUGCAAUUUUGGAUGCAGAUAUUACUGCAAGUUCUAGUUUUGAUAGUGGCAAUGUAGGACCACGUCAAUCGAGACUGAGAACAGAGAAUCAUGGUGGAGCUUGGUGUCCUAAAGCACAAAUUACCAGUGAGCCUCGUGAAUGGCUCGAAAUCGAUUUGCAUUCUGUACAUAUGAUCACUGGUACAAAUACUCAAGGCCGUUUUGGAAAUGGAGUGGGAGUUGAGUACGCAGAGGGUUAUUUGUUAGAAUAUUGGCGCCCGCGGCUCGGUAAAUGGGUACGGUACAGAGACAUCAAAGGAAAGGAGAUUCUCAAAGGGAAUACGAAUACAUAUUUAGAAAAUAAACAUGAAUUAGAUCCGCCAUUAUGGGCAAGUAAAAUAAGAUUUUUACCCUACAGUAAUCAUCGACGGACUGUUUGUAUGAGGGUAGAAUUAUAUGGCUGCCUUUGGACGGAUGGUAUAGUAGCUUACUCGAUGCCUCAAGGCGACACGAGAGGAAACGAAUGGGAGUUCUUUGACGCAAGUUAUGAUGGCCACUGGGAUGGUGAAUUACGUCGUGGUUUGGGACAAUUAGUUGACAGUAAAAUUGGCCCUGAUAAUUUUAAAAUGGGGUAUUAUGACUCUGUACGUAGUCAAGGCUGGGUUGCUUGGAGAAACGAUACACGUGAUAAUGAACCUAUUGAAAUUAAAUUUGAAUUCGAUACUGUACGGGAAUUCGCUGCUGUUCAUCUUUAUUGCAAUAACCAAUUUAGCAGAGAUGUUCAAGUUUUUUCCCAAGUAGAUGUAUUAUUUAGUAUCGGAGGAACUUAUUUCAGUGGUGAACCAAUAGUCUAUACAUACAUGGAAGACAAAAUAUUUGAAACUUCACGUAACAUUACAAUUAAACUUCACCACCGUGUUGGAAAGUUUAUAAUACUUCGUCUCCAUUUCUCAUCAAAGUGGAUAAUGCUCAGUGAAGUUAUAUUUGAUUCCGAUAUCGCUCAUGGUAAUUUUACACCUGAAGAAUUUGCAACAACCGAUUUAUCAUCAUUACCAGACGAGUUUUUUAUAAAUAAUAAAAACACAGUAUCAGAUAGUGAGCUUCCAGUAUUAACAGCACAACAUGAUGAUCCGACAUACAUGGCAGUAGUGAUCGGUGUUCUUACAGCAAUAAUUCUACUGUUAGCCGUAGCAAUAUUUUUUAUCGUAUCCCGCCACAGACAACGUAAAUGUUUUGCAAGCCCCGUGGCAGUUAAAGUACCAUCGCAUCUCAGUUCAACGUGUGCGACUGUUGAAAAAGGAGCAGCACUAAUGGCUUACACGUUAGAAGAAGAUGAAGGUCGAUAUGCUGGCGGUGGCACAACUUCAACAUUACCACGCGAACUUGACAAUCGACUUUUAGACCUUGUUAAAUUAGAUGAGUACCAAGAGCCUUAUCAAGCUCUUAAAUACGCUCCGUACUACAGCUACAGCACUAUUAUUAUGGAAAUGAAGGACAUGAUGUUGAACAAUAUGGGUAUUGGUAUCAAUUACGCUGCCGUUCCAGAGGUCGUUACCGUACCUCUUCUAAAUCCCGAGGGUACAUUUUCAACGCACGAAAUUGCGUCUAGUUCGGUAUCUAGUGUAAGUGCUAGUGAUGAUCAAGAUAGUAUUUUUUCAAAAACCUCGUCUCGUAACAGCCGCAUUGAUGAUAAAAAGUCACCAACACAACAAGACGUUCUUGCGGCACUAAAAAAACGCUUGGAACAGUCAACAGUACCAUUAUUCCCACGACAUCGACUACGAAUGCUUUCUAAAUUAGCCGAGGGAGCAUUUGGAUCGGUCUAUGUAGCAGAAGCUGAAGGGAUUCCCGAGUAUGGUACUGAUUCUAAUACACUCGGCAAAAGACUUGUUGCUGUCAAAUUUUUACUGCCUGAUGCCAGUGAAAAAGAAAAACUUGACUUCCAACGGGAUGUAAGAAUUUUAGCAGCACUCGAAGAUAUAAAUAUAGCAAGAGUUUUAGGAGUUUGUUGUCGCGAAGAUCCUUAUUGUGUUGUAAUGGAAUAUUUAGAACAUGGUGAUCUUUGUCAAUUUUUAAAGACUCAUAUUACUGUUGAAGAUGCCCAUUCUAUGCCACAUGGUGUUAAAACUCUUAGUUUUAAUUGUCUUAUUUAUAUGGCUGCCCAAAUUGCAUCUGGGAUGCGAUACUUAGAAAAUUUAAAUUUUGUUCAUCGAGAUUUAGCUACCAGGAAUUGUUUAGUUGGUAAGGCAUAUCUUAUAAAAAUUUCCGACUUUGGCACAGAUAAUGAACUAUACGCUGGUGAUUAUUAUCAAGUUAAUGAUGGCGCAUUACUACCAGUGCGUUGGAUGGCUUGGGAAUGUGUUUUCUUGAGAAAAUACACGACUAAAAGCGACGUUUGGGCAUUUGCGGUUACACUUUGGGAAAUUUUGAAUCUCGGCCGGCAUGUGCCUUACGAGGAUCUAACCGACGAAGAAGUUGUUGAAAACCUUGAACAAUGGCACACCGAUAAUGUCAAUUGCCAUAAUGGUAGGAAUGACAAUGACACAAAAGUACGUGUACUAUUUGAAUAUUUACCUAAACCAAAAACAUCCAGCAAAGACAUUUAUGAUUUAAUGUUAGAAUGUUGGAGACGAGACGAAAAUACUCGUCCGACUUUCCGUGAAAUAUCACUUUUUCUUCAAAGAAAAAAUCUUGGAUAUGCACCAACUUGUUAAUAAUACUUUUUAAAAAUAUGUUCGAUAUUAUUUAAUUGAACAAUCAUUCGGAUGCAUAAUUAGAUGUGUAUUAUAAUUAUAAUAAUUAGUAAUAAGUAUUAGCAUAAAGAAACCUAUCAAAAAAUAUUUAUUAAAUAUGCAUUUAAUGCAUUUUAAAAAAGCAAAUAAUUGAAAUACGGUAGUUUCUAAUUACAUAUAUAUAUUAGGGUAGUUGUUAAAAAUUAAAUUUUCUCGGACGUCCUAUAAAAAGUUUCUUGUUACUGAAAAAAUACAUGGGGGAUUUGGUUUUUUCUUUUUAAGUAAAAAAAACACGUGCCCCAAAACGAUCAAAGUUUAUUUUUUGAUACAAUCGCAUUUUUUUUUAAUAUCUCAUGAAAUAUGCCGAUUAGAGAAAAAAGUUAUAGGAACAAUUUUGUGAGAAAUUCAAUUCUUGACAAAAAAGGUCAUAUUUACGUUUUUUAUAAAAUGUGUACUUGCGAAGAUAUUUCAAAAAAACUUUUUUUUAGAUCUUAUGAAUAUGAAUUGGGCGUUUUAAGGAUUACAAAUAUUGAAAAUAACAUUUUUCUAAGUGUAUAAAAACUGUCAUAAGCAUUAAUGAUUGAUAUGCUACGAGUUGCGAAGUUGUCUAUAUUUAAGAAAAAACGUUAUUUUUAACAUUCGUAAUUCUUAAAAUGCUCUAUUGAUAAAAUUUAAAGUUUUUUUUAAAUAUCUUCGUAAAUAUACAUUUUAUAAAAAAAAGGAACAUGACCUUUUUUGUCAGGAAUUUAAUUUCCUACAAAAUUGUUUCUAUGAUUUUUUCCUUUAAUCUGCAUAUUUCAUGAGAUAUUCCAAAAAAACCGCGGUUGUAACGAAAAAUGAACUUUGAUCGUUCUGAGGCACGUGUUCUUUUUACUUAAAAAGAAAAAACCAAAUUCCCUAUGUAUUUUUUCACUGAAAAGAAGCUUUUUAUGAGACGUCUGAGAAAAUUUAAUUUUUAACAACCACACUAAUAUAUAUACUAUAUAUAUUCCCGAAUGCGUAAAAUUGUUACGUACUGAUAUGUACUUUUUUUAAAAACUGAAAUUCGUAAUAAGUAAACUGUAAGAAAUUUUUAUUACUAAGCUUCAAAAAAUGAAACGAUUAUUAGAAAUGAUCGGCUUACAUAUCUUAUUUAUUAAGUUACUUUUUUUUUAGGGUUUAAAAAUAUUUUUAGGGUUUAAAAUUUUUUAGGGUUUAAAAAUAUUUUUAAACCCUAAUGUAUUGAAUAUAUAAAAGAUGUGAGUAAAUAAUUCUGAUAUAAGUAUAUCGUUAAGUAUAGUGUUAAUUUAAAUAAAAAUUGGCAAUAAAACGACUCGAUUGUGAUUUUUGAAAUCAUAAUAAAAUUUGAUUCUGCAAGUCAUAACAUAAAAUGCUUCUUCCCUACGUGGUAUAUAUUUUAAACUUAUGAAAAGAUUUGAUUUUUUAUUGUUACAAUGACAGUAAUAAUAAUGAUACUAAUAAUAAUAAUAAAAUGAAAAUCAUGCGUAAUUAUGUUCAUGUUACCACCUAUAACAUAACUAUAUAUUUGUAUAUAUUAGACGGGAUCAACUAUAAAAGUACCUUUCAUAAAUCAUUAUAAUUCAGAAUUAUAUAAAAAAAAUAUCACUAAACAACGAAAAGUUAAAAAAGAUUAUUUACAAAAAUUAUUCAUAUUGAAAAUUAAAUUAUAAAUUUUCAACGAAAUUAUAAUAUUCUUCAUAAAUUAAUAAUUCAUUUAUUAAGUAUACUUUUUUUUUAGUAAUGAAAUUAUUUUUUAUCAUAUCUGCGCUGAAAGUUUAAAUUCCUGCCCUGUUUCGAGGAAAGAAAGUCGUUUUUUUCUUUUACGAGAACAUACAUAAUAAAAAUUAACGCAUGCGCUAUUCUUCUCACAAGCAGAAGCAAAAAUUUAAACUUUCAGGUACAGAUCUGGUGAAAAAUUGUGUAAGCACCACCGAAGAAGGUAGGACGAUCCAAUCCACGUGGUCAAUUACACUCGGGGGUUGUAAUGUCCUACUUUACUUCCUUGGUGUGUAAUAGACUAAUUCAUGAUAGCGGCAUCGAAACAAGGUUUCAUUGUUCCUGCAGCUAGACGGAAGAAGCUAAUUUCAGCCCAAUGCCGCGAAUGAAUAUGAGCAAACGCGUUAAUUGUGAAUGCUUGUCAGCGGGCAGAAACAAACUUGUUUCAUUCCUUGGGAACAAACAAAUAAUAUUUCUGCCCGCUGACUGUAGGCUUUCGCAAUUUAAACUCUGAUACUUGUCAUUUGUUUAAUAGUAAUUUCAGACCAUUAAUUUUAUUCACUUAAAUGACAGUUCUGACUGUGAUUAAGUUUUAUAAAAAUUAGUGUCAAUAAUAAAUAGUAUUUAUAGUUUCUGCUUAAUUGUAAAUUGCAAAUGACAAUUUACGCUUACGCUAAUAGUUGAUGAUACCAUUGGUCUUAAAUUAACUUGUUUCUGACUGACUGCUGACACUGAAACUUUAAGUUCCAAUGCCGGUAGUCACGAAAAAUCUAGUGUAUAACUCUGUAUGAAACACGAUUUCAGACUGUGGGUGAUGUCAGCCUUCACUCUGGUCUGAAAUCGUUUUGUUUCAUCCCUUGUCACACAGUAUACUAUUAUAGACUAUUUUGUUAAUUGCUUUUAUAAAUUUUUCUACUAUGUUGUUCCUGUACCAAAUGAUAAUAAGUUAAUUAAUUAAUUAAUUAAUUAAAAUUAUAAAUUAACUAUAAUCAUCUUCCAAAUAAUUCCAUUUAUUAACUGUUGAUGAAUGUAUUUUUAAUUGAAUAAUUGACCAUCUUGUGGUUGGACUAUCAUGUAAAAGUAGUUGACUGUACGAAGUAGUUUAUAAGAACGUUGUAAAAACCGCGUUAAAAAAAAUGAUAUACAUAUUGGUAUUUAUUGUGGCACUCAAUUAAUGGCUUCAUGCUUAAAACAUCUACGUUCCUAAAAAAUAUAAUAUUAAGAAACUGAUAAAAUAAAUUACUCACAUUAUUCAUUUAGUUUUAUCAUUUAUA